GUGGGCUGUGUCCUCCAGGAGAGUCCCUUCUGUGGACCCUGGUGUCAUGAAGGGCUGAGCCGGCUGCUCCCUGGCCUUGGUUUUCCUGUCUCCUGAUGGCGGGGGCGGGAGGGGGGCACUGCAGGCAGAAGGGUGCUCAGGAGAGUCCCCACCUCAGCCAGCCUGGCUGCACCACGGCUGUGCUAUCUUUGUUUUGUGUUCUUUAUUGAGAGAUAACUCAAAUACCAGAAAACUCACCUGUAGGUGUGUAAUUCAGUUUUUCCUGUAUCUUUACAGUGCUGUGUGGCCAUGACCACUGAUUGCAGACCAUUCUCAUCCUCCUAGAGGAAGCUGAGUCCCCAGUAGCCAUGCCCGACCCAGGCCUGGCCUGAGCCCGGCGAACAGAGAGCACAUUCUGACCCUGACCCGUCACCUGGGCCUGCUGCUCUCUGCUGGCCUUUGCCUGCCCCCCGGCUUGAGGGCCCAGGGCCGGGUCCUCGGGCCUCCCCACUCGCACCCCCACAUCUCCUAGGUGGUCUUGUCCACUGUUGGGGCUCAAACCCCAUCUAGCCCCAGGACAACUGCCUCCAGCCUUGCCUCUAGCUGGGCCCUCCCUGAGCUCCUGACGUGGGGUCCAGCUGUCCCUCCCGUCUUCACGCAGGGGCCUCACACUCAACAUGGCCACCUUGCCCCCGACCAUCCCCGACACCUCUCCUGCCCAGCCCCCAUCCUGGCUGAGGCAGCUCCAUCCUUCUGUGAGUUGUUCCAAAAUCCUUAGUCAUUCCUGACGCCUCACUUUUCUUCAGUCCUCCUCCAGUGAGCACGGCCUGUCUGUCCUGACUCUAGAUCUUCCCCAGUCUGCCCACUUCUCUCUCACAUGCUGCGCGGUGGCCACCGUGGUCCACCCCAUUAUCUCCCACCUGGAGUAGCGCAGUUGCCUCCCGGCUGGGUGUGCCACCCCCCCGCCCCCCCAUCUGUUCCCCUACGGCCGCCAGGGGGCACCUGUGAGCACCUGAGUCAGGUGCCCCCACCUUACCCCAGCCCUCCAGGGCUCCCGUCUCCCUGAGGUAAGAGCCCAAGCCUUCCCUUGCUGAUCAGACCCCCCACCUGUCUCUUCAUGUGGUCCUCCUGGCACCUGCUGUGCUGUCCAGACCCUUCUCUGCACCCCUUGACUGUGGGCCCUGGAAGGUGGGGCCAGGACCACCCUGGUCGCCACUUGCCUCCCCUCCACGCUGACACCUGGCAGACACCAGUCACCACAGACUUGACCUGCUAACUACACAGAUUGAUUAUCUCACAGUCCUGGAGGCCAGGAGUCCACCUCAGUCCUCACGGAGCUAAAUCCAGGCGUGGGCAGGGCCCGUCCCUCCGGAGGCUCCACGGGAGCACUGGCUCCCCCGUUUUCCAGCUUCUAGAGGCGCCGCAUCCCUGGCUCACAGCCCCUCCCUCCACCCUCACAGCCAGCAGAGCAACGUCUCCGUCUCUCUGCCUCUGACCCCCUCCCUCUUAUGACGAUCCUGUGAUGGCACUGGGCCUCCUGGGGAAUCCAGAGUCAUCCCCAUCUCAGGGGUUUUAACCCCCCAGCACAGCCCAUUCUGGGACCAGAAUGUGAACGUCCCGGGGGUUGGGGCAGAUGUGUGCUGAGCACUCGCACUGAACAGAUAACCCUCAGCAGAAGCCAGCUUUCUGGGUGAGGACUCCAGCUCAGCGGCACCCGUGCUUGGCCUGAGGCCCCCCUGAGGAGCUGGGUGGAGGGGGUGGUAGUGGUCCUGAGAGGUGAACGUCGCUGGCCUCCCCACUGGGAGCAUCCUUCCACAGGAGCCGUGGGGAUGGGGGCCGUGUGGAUGAGGGCUGUGCGGACAGGGCCCAUGUGGACAGGGACCACGGGUGUCCUCGGUUGGCUGCCUCUCCAUCACCGAGCUGCCUCGGGGGCUGGUGCUGUCACUCAAGCCUGGGCCGCAGCCGCUGAUCACUGCCACCCGGUCGCUGCGAUGUCCACCCUCCUUGCUUGGGGCCCUCCUAGCGAUGGGCUGUGCCUUGUCUCCACCCGCCCUCCCACUACCCCUGCCUGCAGAGCCGCGUCAGCAUGGUCACUCUGCAUCCGCCGCCACAUUGUGUCUCCAGGCCUAUCUACCACGCGGGGUCCCUCCCACCUCUGCAGGGGCGCAGGGUUCGGCCCAGAAAAAGACGACCCCAGCAGAGGUCCCGCUGAUGACUGGACAGCCCGGUCCUGGCCACGGGAAGAAGCUGGGUCAUCGGGGUGUGGAUGCAUCUGGCGAAACCACCUACAAGAAGACCACGUCCUCUACCCUGAAGGGGGCCAUCCAGCUGGGCAUCGGCUACACCGUGGGCAACCUAAGCUCCAAGCCGGAGCGUGAUGUGCUCAUGCAGGACUUCUAUGUGGUGGAGAGCAUCUUCUUCCCCAGUGAAGGCAGCAACCUCACUCCUGCCCAUCACUUCCAGGACUUCAGGUUCAAGACCUAUGCGCCUGUUGCCUUCCGCUACUUCCGGGAGCUCUUUGGGAUUCGGCCAGACGACUACUUGUACUCGCUGUGCAACGAGCCACUUAUUGAGCUGUCUAACCCCGGUGCCAGCGGCUCCCUGUUCUACGUCACCAGCGACGACGAGUUCAUCAUCAAGACGGUGAUGCACAAGGAGGCUGAGUUCCUGCAGAAGCUGCUGCCUGGCUACUACAUGAACCUCAACCAGAACCCUCGGACACUGCUGCCCAAGUUCUAUGGGCUAUACUGCGUGCAGUCGGGUGGCAAGAACAUCCGCGUGGUUGUGAUGAACAAUGUGCUGCCACGCGUGGUCAAGAUGCACCUUAAGUUCGAUCUCAAAGGCUCCACCUACAAGCGGCGGGCCAGCAAGAAGGAGAAGGAAAAGAGCAUCCCCACCUACAAGGACCUGGACUUCAUUCAGGACAUGCCUGAGGGGCUAAUGCUUGAUGCCGACACCUUCUCUGCACUCGUCAAGACGCUGCAGCGCGACUGCCUGGUGCUGGAGAGCUUCAAGAUCAUGGACUACAGCCUGCUCCUGGGCGUCCACAACAUCGACCAGCAGGAGCGCGAGCGGCAGGCUGAGGGCGCCCAGAGCACAGCUGAUGAGAAGCGGCCGCUGGGCCAGAAGGCGCUCUACUCCACAGCCAUGGAGUCCAUCCAGGGUGGCGCCGCACGCGGGGAGGCCAUCGAGACAGAUGACACGAUGGGGGGGAUCCCCGCUGUGAAUGGUCGAGGAGAGCGGCUGCUUCUGCACAUCGGAAUCAUCGACAUCCUGCAGUCCUACAGGUUCAUCAAGAAGCUGGAACACACCUGGAAGGCUCUUGUCCACGAUGGCGACACAGUCUCCGUCCACCGGCCCAGCUUCUAUGCCGAGCGCUUCUUCAAGUUCAUGAGCAACACAGUUUUCCGGAAGAACUCCUCCCUGAAGUCCUCACCGUCCAAGAAGGGCCGUGGUGCCUUGCUGGCCGUCAAGCCCCUGGGGCCCACGGCCGCCUUCUCGGCCAGCCAGAUCCCCAGCGAGCGGGAGGAUGCACAGUAUGACCUGCGGGGGGCCCGCAGCUACCCCACACUGGAGGACGAGGGCCGGCCGGACCUCUUGCCCUGCACGCCACCAUCUUUUGAGGAGGCCACCACUGCCUCCAUCGCCACGACCCUGUCCUCCACGUCCCUCUCCAUCCCAGAGCGGUCCCCUUCGGAGUCGUCGGAGCAGCCGCGGUACAGGCGGCGCACACAGUCCUCGGGACAGGAUGGCCGGCCCCAGGAGGAGAUGCACGCGGAGGAGGACCUGCAGCAGAUCACAGUGCAAGUGGAGCCCACAUGCAGCGUGGAGAUCGUGGUCCCCAAGGAGGAAGAUGCAGGGGAGGGGGCGUCCCCAGCCUGUGCCUCUGCCGCUGUCGAAGCGGAAACCGCCAGCCAGGCCUCCGAGCCCGCCAGCCAGGCCUCAGACGAGGAAGACGCACCCGCCACGGACAUCUACUUUUUCACCGAUGGGAGGUACUGGAUUUACUCUCCCCGGCAUCGCCGACUGCGGGCCGUGACGCUGAGCUCCUCAGGGACUCCCACCGAUGAGAGGAGCUGGGUGUACUCCCCACUUCACUAUAGCACUCAGGCCCAGCCUGCCUCCGACGGCGAGAGCGACACAUAAUUCCUAUGCAGACACUGACCCGGAGCCGAGUGCCCGCUGCUGCCCCGGCCGCUUCCUGGAGGCACUGCCCGCCUCGCUCAGCCCAGAGCUCGGGAGAUGCCCGCCUGGCAGCCAGCCCUCACCCUCGUCCUCCCCUGACGACACCGACACUCCUGGCUGCUGAGCGACCCCCAUCCAGACGGCCUGCCCUGCCCUGGCUCCCCGACAACUACCUACGCCUGAUACUGUGAACCCUCCUGCAUUUCCGAUCAUGUAUUUAUUUUGGGUCCUUAUUCUUUGCACAGACAUGGUAGCACACACGUGUGUGUUUUUUAAGAAAAAGGAAAAGGCAAAAAAAAAACCCACAAUGGAAAAGAAGAAACUCUAUUUCACUGCACUUUUGGUUCAUUGCUGUGCUUGCAUGUCUUGCUGAGGGAACUGCACCCCAACGGAAUCUACUCUAGGUCUGGACCGGGAUGGACAGGCCCCUAGGACAGAAGGACCACCAUGUUCCCCAGGGUGCCUCUGGAGGCUGCACACUGCGACUGCCAAGCACUGUUGGCUCAGGUUUUUGGGCUGAGAGAGCUGGACACCAUCCUUGAGGGCAGCACAGUGGUGGCUGGGGAUGGCUUUCACCAGUGGCCCUGCCAUCUCUCAGCAUCUGUCUCCCUACUUCCCCUGUGACCGUGAGCAGGAAUCCCCAGGCGUGAUGAGAACCUCCAUGUGGACACAUAGCUGCCCUGACUCAGUGGAACUCGACUGUGGGCUUCACUCUCCUCUGGAAGACGGGCUGAGCCAGGAAGAGGCAGCCAGGCACUGAGGCCCUGGGACUUCCCAGGGUCUGUGUCCUGAAGGGGAGCCCCCCGAGGCAGCCCGCCAGGGCUAGACCAGACCCCCUCCUGUAAAAGGACUGAGGUGGGCAUCCUCUCUCUCUUUUAAAUGAUGGAGACAUCUGUACCGAGUGAAGGACAGGAGAAGAAAUUCUUGGUGAAAAAACAAUGUUUUUUUAUAUGGUCCCACUUCUGGGCCCAGAGCCCCACAGGGCGACUGCCAGGGGCCCUGCUGCGUCCAUAGGCGACUGCUGGAGCUGACAGCUUUGUAGGGUCUCUCCUGCCUGCCUCUGGAGAGGGACGCAUCAGGGAUUGUUCACCUGGCCCACCCGGCCCUGCGUGGGAGGAGCUGGGAGCCAGAGUGGAGUGGAAGUUGCACUUUGCAGAAGAACUCCCACCUUUGCCUCCCUGGUGGAGCCUGAGAUGUCUGGAGAACCCGCCAAGCCAGGAUCUAAUUUUCAAGUUCAUUGCAAGCUGUGUACACUGCUGUCCUUUCCUACGAGGGCCCCUCGUCGCCUCCCCUGGCACAGCCUGCUUUGUUCACCUGGAUGGACCCUGUUGGCUGGCUGCACCCCUCCUCGGGCUGUGCCCCGGGGGCUCUCUCCUCACAGGGCCACCAAGGAUGCCACAGCACGAGGCUUGGGGAAGAGGACCCAUCAGAAAAAUCCUGCAGGUGUUCUGCUCCCCUCCUACCCACAAGGGUGUGUCCAGACCCUGGAGCAUCCUCACCUGGACUUCCACCAAGGCACCGUCCACAGUGCCCCAUGCGCACAAGUCCCCAAUCGGUGCCCUGUCCCACCCGGAGGAGGUGGGCUGAAUGGGCAGAGGUCUGAAGAUGACUUAAUAGCCACUGUUACGUCACCCCAAUGCCGACAUCAGAGCCCCUGCCCAGGCCCCCAAGGCCAGCUGCAGAGAUGUGGUGCAUCCUGUGGGGACGACCAGAACCAUAGGCCCCAUGUCCAGGGCGCCCUCAGCCACCUGGAGCCGGGGAGCGGGGCCCUGGGGCUUUCCUGAGUGAAUCACAGACAGAUGCUCACUUGGAGAAAUUUGCAAACCUCCUGGACAUCAUGAUGUUUUCAUUCCCGUGCUAAGUCAUGAAUACCCCUUCAGAAUCCCCUUUGUGUUGGUUGUAUUUUUUUGUCCCUUUUUCAGAGACCUGUCACAUGGAUGCAAGGUGGUCCUCAGACUAGGCUGCCAGAAAGCGUGUGCUUAUGGUCAGGGUGAGAGGGUGGGAAGGCAAGACCUUAUUUAUAACAUGCAGCGAACUCACGGCCUUCCCCAGACCCCCAACAGUAAGCGCCCUGGACCCACCCAGCUGUCAUCCCACCCCCAGGAUAGAAAUCUGCCAACUCCUGGAUGGUGAUGCCCCAGCUCGUCUAUCCCAGCUCAUCCUUGACAGCUGCUGUCACUGAGAACGUGGGCACUGUCUGCCGUGCCGUACUGUACACGGGAAAGGUGUGUCCUGAGACUGACAAGGUGGGACCUCCCGCGUGUCCCCUCCCAGCCGCCAUCAUCAGCCUCCUCUCGCCCCCUUCACCACCUGGCUCAGUGCAAUACUCCCAUCCCCAUGGGGUCCCCUGCCAUGGUACUGUCGCCACAGCCCCUCGGUCCCCACCCCAGAACAGGCACCCUCAGUCACCUCUGGUGAUUCGGUUGCAUUGCCCGUCCCCACCCCAACCCCAUUUUUAUGGCCCAACUGAUUUCCAAACACAACAAAACUGCAAACCUUGUGUGUCUUAAUCUCACUGGGGGUCCCGUGUGCUCAGCCCCCGUGGUCUGGUGUGUGACAAUCCGGGGCUCAGCCUCCUCGGGCGCAGGAUGCUGGCCCGCUCAAACCCAGAGCCGUGGGCGCCUCUGUGACCGCAGCCACUGCUGGCCCCAUAACACUCGUAUGCAGCCCCAGAUCCUCCCCCGCCACCCCACCCCACCCCACCCCUUUUUAUGUUGAAGAGAUCUCUAAUAAAUCGGGUAAUAA